AGGGAGAGAGACAGAGAGAGAGAGAAACAGAGAGAGAGAGAGAGAGAGAGAGGAACUCAGCUCUGCUGAAAGCGGACUCCGGUAUUUUUCUACCUAAAGGCGUUGCAGCCGCUGCCAUGACUCCAUCUGUCUGUUAGAACCGGGAGACUCUCCGUCUGUCUCUCUGUCUCUCUGUCUGCUGUCUAUCUGUCUCUCUGUCUCUCUGUCUGUCGGCAUGUGAAUGCCUCUGUCACUCCUUGAUGCUUCCAGUGUGUUUCUACUUUCACCUUCCCCAGAUGGGAGGGUGAUCUGCGGACCUCGGUGAAGAGCCGACGUUCAGGACGUGACUGGACCGCAGAGGAGGCGCAGCUCACUGGGACAGAAGCUGGGAGACUACGCAGGAAGUGAUGUCAUCAUGAUGCUGCCAGUCUCCAGGUUCAAAGGUCAGCCGGUUGGCAUGAUAACCACCACAGCCCCCUGGCUGUCCUUCAGCUGUGACCCCGCCCCCCACUGGCUCUGGUUGGCCACGCCCCCUCUGCUGUUCUACCAACCAGCUGUUUUCAUACCUGAACACACACACCUGAUACAGUGGGAACGUCCGGCUGUUGAAGUGGUUCCUUUCGUUCCUUCGUUCUAUCGCUCUUCACAUCUUCAUCCUCCUCAUCUUCUUCAUCCUCUCCCCAUGCUAGCUGAAGGCUGGAUCUCUCCAGAGGAAGUGUUCCAGAGGAGAGACAAGCCCCUCCUCCUGACCAAUCACAUCAGCCAGAGGCCAGAGAGACACACCCCCAGGACUCGCUCGCUGCUGAGAUCACCUGACACAGGUCGAGUUAGAAGAGACGCCACAAAGACCAGAGACACCAAGCCACACGCCUCCUCCUCCCUCCAGCUCCUCGCUGCGUCUCCUCUUCAGCUGCCUCUCCUCACUGCUCCUCCAACAGGUGGAGCUUACUGGAAGUGGGCGGAGUUUCACAUUCACCGGGACAACGAGGCGUGGCCUAUAGUUCUGACCAAUCACUGGCAUAGAGGGGCAUGGUCACGGCCGGUCGUCUGCCUGGAGAGAAGUCUGUCUCCGCCCACACAGCUCUGCAGGGAGAAGUGGCCAGUCUUACCUGUCCAGGUGAUGAAGGAAGUCCAUCCUUCCUUCUUCUCUUCACGGUUUUCUUCCAGAUUCACUCUGCUGACAAAUUACAGACACAAGAAGCAACGGAUGAGUGGACGUAAAGUUUCGUACAGAGGAGCGUUUCUGCUGAGAACGGAGAGAACAAUAGAAGACAACAAACAGUGUAUUUCUGUAGACAGAGGAGGAGAGGAUGAAGGAAGUGAAGGAGGAAGGAAAGACAGACGUCCUGUCGCCUCCACACCUGUGCCGGGGUCGCCAUGGUGUGUUGUGUGGACCGGAGAUGACCGGGUCUUCUUCUUCAAUCCCACAAUGCACCUUUCUGUCUGGGAGAGACCAGGGGAGCUGAUUGGUCAAGACAUCAGCCGCAUCAUCAUGGACCCGCCCCACAAGAGAAAGAAGAAAACAUCUAACUACAUCCGCCCCAGCUGUCAAUUACCUGGUCUCCAUGGUAACGACGAAGAUGAAGAUGAUGAACACAUCUCCAAAAGGAACAGAACAGAGGAGCCUUUGUCACUCGUCCCCCGUCCAGGAGAAGUUAAGCUUCUCCCCCUGGAGCUUCGUAUCGAUCAUUUUAGGGAAAUGAUGCUCGAGAGAGGGGUGUCGGCGUUCUCCACCUGGGAGAAGGAGCUCCAUAAGAUGGUGUUUGACCCUCGAUACCUGCUGCUGACCUCCGAUCAGAGGAAACAGGUGUUUGAUCAGUUUGUGAAGAGCAGGGUGAAGGACGAGUACAAAGAGAAGAAGAGUAAACUCCAGAAAGCCCGAGAAGAGUUCAAACAGCUGCUGGAAGAAGCCAAGAUCACCAGCAGGUCGACCUUUAAGGAGUUCUCUGCUCGUUACCGUGGUGACCAGCGGUUUGAAUCCCUUAAUAGGAAGAAGGAACAGGAAGUAGUCUUUCACCAUUACAUCACAUCGUUAAAGAAACGAGACAAGGAGAACCGAGCUAGGCUGAGGAAGAUGAGAUGAGACCGCUGUUCUUAAAACUCUCUCAGAACCAUCUAGAAGCCUUUAAAACCUUUUAGAACUCAUUCAGAACCUUCCAGGACCUUCCAGGACCUUGAGGGACCUUCUGUUCCCACGCUGAGCAGAUCGUUGAUUACAGGUUUCAAACUCUCCUGGUUCUUUUGGAGAAACUGGACACCGAGACGGGACCGGGACCAGAGGAUCUGACUGGUUCUGACUGUUCGUGGUUAUAGAGAAGUUCCCGGACCAGCAGCGUCAGACUGGUUCCUGUGUUCUGGACUGAUGUCAUCUGGACCUUUGACAUCUGAGCCAAGUUGAACUGAUCAAACUUGACUUCGGAAACAAUUAAAGCACAAAAGAAAAUGUCUGUUCAUCUGUGUGACUGUUUACCCCUCUGGCCUGGCUGGACCAACCAUCUAUCGAUCAACCAAGGAUCGCUAAACCAACCAAUCAUCCAAUAAAUCCUCCAAUUAAUCAACAAACCAAUUAAUCAACCAGCCAAUCAACCAACCAGUCUAUCUAUCAACCAACAAUCAAUAAAUCAACCAAUCAUCCAAGAAAUCCUCCAAUAAAUCAUCCAAUUAAUCAACCAGCCAAUCAACCAACCAGUCUAUCUAUCAACCAACGAUCAAUAAAUCAACCAAUCAUCCAACCAAUUAGUCAUCCAACCAAUCAACAAUCAACCAACCAAUCAUCCAACCAACCAAUCAAACUUUAUCUUUUCCUCCUUUCACACAGUCAGUGCUUCCCUGACCAGCUGAGAAUCAAACAGAAGAAACUGUUGAACAAGUGGAGGAUAAUGCACACAAGAAAUAAAAACAAAAAUGUAUUUAUUAAACCAGUAAAAUGGAUACAAAUUGAUUUACAGAAUGGUACAGUAAAUUAAAGACGAUAAAACAUUAAUACUAACUUCUGAAACCAAACCUACAGACAUCUUCUGAUUAUUUGUUUAUAAUAAAAACACAAAAGAGAUUCAGGUGCAGAAAGGAAUGAGCGAGAAAUCUUCAUAAUGGAGAAACUACAACCAGUUAAAAACCACUGAAGAUGAUGAAAUGCACCUUGGGAGUCUUAGUUGACUUCUCUCCUCCAGUAUUUUCGUCCACAGACUUCUUGUAGCUUUGACCAAAUAAAUCAUAACUCAUAUUUUGUUUCAUUGACUGUUACUAAGGAACCCGAAAUAACUCACUGCUAUGCUGAUCCUUAGAGGAGAAUUGAAUUGAUUGGUCCAGCCAGCCACUCCCCGCGUGCGCACACACACACACACACACACACACACACACAUCUGUAAACCAGCUGAUCUGAACAGAUUCACCUUCCUGUCUAACGUGUGUUUGUAUGUUUGUUAUCAGGAUGUUGCUGUAAACAACAUAUUUUUGAUGUGACGUAAGCCCCGCCCCCUCACCUGUCAGCACCACGGUAAACUGUGAUUAGACAGAGUUUGUGUCCAGAUGUUUUGAUUGGAUGUCUUUUGGUGUCCUUACUUUUCAUUGGAUGUGUCUGUGUUGAAAUGAUCUUUGUGUUCUGACGUUUCAUUGGCUGUUGUUCAUAGUGGGUUUUGAUUAAACUGUUAGUCAGAAA